AUGAUGGAAGUCGCAUCUGCUGUUCGCCUGCCCUCGCCUGAGCCGGACCUCGAGACACAGGACCAACCGCGCAAACGCGAGCGCUCGCCAUUCGAUGGGCCGAGCCAUGGGCCGCCCAAGAGGAGCAGGAGGGACGAGCAAAGCGACGAUGAGGGUCGAGCCGGGCGGGGAAGAGAGAAUGGACGGCGACGACACGACGACAACGACGACGACGACGAGGAAGGAGGGCCAUCGCGUCGUCCACCCCCCAAGCCCACGACGGCCGAUCUUCCAGCCGACGACUCGCGCAUGAAGCUCUUCCAGAAUGCCUUUAGCUCGAAUCGCAAGCUCCCUGUCGAUGACUCCAAGACACGUGCGGGAGGCGCAUAUAUUCCUCCAGCGCGCCUGCGCGAAAUGCAGAAGCAGAUCACGGACAAGAAGUCGGCAGAGUUCCAGCGUAUGGCUUGGGAAGCGCUGAAGAAGUCGAUCCAGGGUCUGAUCAACAAGACCAAUACGGCCAACAUUAAGAUGAUCGUGCCCGAGCUGUUCAGUGAGAAUCUUGUUCGUGGCCGGGGUUUGUUCUGCAGGUCCAUCAUGAAGGCGCAAGCUGCCAGUCUGCCUUUCACGCCCAUCUAUGCUGCUAUGGUCGCGAUUGUAAAUACGAAGUUGCCGCAGGUCGGCGAUCUACUGACGCGCCGGCUGAUUGUGCAGUUCCGCAAAAGCUUCAGGAGGAACGACAAGGCUGUAUGUUUGGCGAGCACCAUGUUCUUGUCGCACCUCGUCAACACCCAAGUCUUGCACGAGGUUCUGAUUGCCGAGAUCCUUCUGCUCUUGCUCAACAAACCUUCCGACGACUCGGUAGAAAUUGCUGUUGGCAUCAUGAAAGAGGUUGGCGCUUUCCUCGAUGACAUGAACCCAGCCAUCGCGAAUGCCAUUUUCGACCAGAUGCGUAACAUUCUUCACGAAGCCGACAUCGACAAGCGGACGCAGUAUAUGAUCGAGGUGCUUUUCGAGGUCAGACGGACAAAGUACAAGGAUAACCCAGCUGUCAGGGAAGACCUGGAUCUAGUGGAAGAGGAGGAUCAAAUCACCCACAGGCAUACGUUGGAAGAUGAUCUAAAGGUCGAAGACGGUCUCAACAUCUUCAAGUUCGAUCCUGAUUACGAAGAACAUGAAGCAGAGUACCAAAAAAUCAAGGCUGAGAUUUUGGGAGAAGAGGAGGGUAGCGAUGACGAUGGAUACACGGAUGCCUCAUCAGAGGACGAGGAGGAUGAGGAAGAGAAAGCCAUGGAUGUCAAGGAUCAGACCAACGCCGACCUAGUCGCUCUGCGCCGCACAAUCUAUCUCACCAUCAAGAGCAGCGGCGGUUUCGAAGAGUGUUGCCACAAGCUCAUGCGUAUCAACCUCCCUCACGGCCUCGAAAGCGAGCUCACAACCAUGAUUGUCGAAUGUGCCAGCCAAGAACGUACCUACGAGAAAUUCUACGGCAUGAUCGGCGAGCGCUUUUGCAAAAUCAACCGCAUGUGGACCGAUCUCUUCGAAGAGGGCUUCGCACACUACUACGAAACCAUCCACCGUUUCGAGACCAAUCGCAUCCGCAUCAUCGCCCAAUUUUUCGCCCACCUCCUCGCCUCCGACGGUAUAAACUGGCACGUCUUCCAAGUCAUCAAGCUCAACGAGGAAGACACCACCUCCAGUUCCCGCAUCUUCAUCAAGAUCCUGUUCGAGGAGCUACUUGCCUCGUUGGGACAAAAGGCGGUUGUAGAACGCUUCAAAGACCCCAUGCUCCAAGAGUCUCUCACAGGCGUCUUCCCCACCGACGCAGACGACCAGUCCAAAACUCGCUUCUCCAUCAACUUCUUCACUGCCAUUGGCAUGGGCGUGCUCACAGAGGGCAUGCGCGAGUGGCUCAAGAACAGUGCGCCCAAGCCCAAGCCCUUGCCCGAACCGGAAAGCGACUCCGAAGAUUCAAGAAGCGUGUCGUCACGCUCAUCCUACACAUCGAGUUCCUACUCGCGCUCUCGAUCACGUACGCGCUCUCUUUCACGAAGCCCCGUCCGCAGACGGCGCGACUCGCGUUCAAGUUCAAGAGGACGAUCGUACACGCGCAGUCCUUCACCAGUGCGGCGCCGGGUUCGUGACCGCAGCGAUACCUAUUCCGCAUCUCGCUCUCGCUCUCGCACACGCUCGCGCUCCCCCGCACCCCGUAAAAUCGCAUCCCGACGCGCUCGCUCCUACUCCUCCAGUCGAUCCCGGUCCCCCGCCCCGCCAAAACGCCGUGCACGCAGCCCAAGCGAUUCGCUCUCGCGCUCGCGCUCGCGUUCUCCGCCGCCGAAACACAGAGUGCGUAGUCUGUCCCGCUCGGUGUCGAGAUCGAGAUCGCGGUCUAGGUCUAGGUCUGCGCUGCCGCCGAGACGCAGGAGGUACUCGAGUAGUGUGUCUCGCGAGCGUAGUCCGCCAAGGAAGAGGCGGGGAAGUAGUAGUAGUCCGCCGGCGAGGGGGGACAAGGGUAAGGGGAGGGCGAGGGAGAGGAGUUAUAGUCCUGACGGGAGGAGUCCGGUGAGGAGGGGAAGGAGGGAUUGA